AAGAGUAAACCAGCAUUUGUCCUUAAAUUAUGGACUAUGGUUAAUGAUCCAAAUAACCAUGACCUAAUUAAUUGGUAUCAUGAUGGUAAUUCAUUCCUUGUCACUAAUAGAGAACUGUUUGUGCAAAAAAUCUUGCCUAAAUAUUUCAAACAUUCAAAUUUUGCAAGUUUUGUACGUCAAUUAAACAUGUACGGCUGGCAUAAAGUUCAAGAUGCAAGUUCAGGUUCAUUACAUAGUGACGAAAAAUGGCAGUUUAUUAAUCCUAAUUUCCAAAAGGGUAGACCUGAUUUAUUGGAUAAGAUUGUUAGAAAUAAACCAAAUGAUGAA